UUAACUUCUUGCUAUAAUAGGAUGGUGUUCUGCAUUGAUCUCUGCACCUUUAAUCACCUUAUCAACUGCCUGUACCACCAUAGAUGGAGAUACUGUUUGAUGACUUCAGAGAUGUUGAAUUUGUUUCUUUUGCUGCUCCAGUUGAUGCAUAUUAGCUGGUGUCUUGCCUGGGCCAUUAAAAGAUUGAUUGCUAUGUGCUGUAGAUCACCGGUGGUGUUGGUGUCUUUAGCUGGAUAUGAAGCUUUGAAAGCACUCUUUCUGGUGAUAAUGGAACUAGGCCAGUUGCUGCAAAUCCGCUUCGAAUAUUUGAUGGUAAAGCAUGUUGAUGGACUGUAG